GUCGAAGGGCACCCGAGCGGCCCACCCGACCGAGUCACGGCACCAUCACGGCACUUGGCAGUCUUGGAUGACAUCAUGUUUUCACACGGUGUUUGAUUGAUUUGUUAUUUAUAAUUACUAGCGUAUACGAGCCUAUGGGUUUUCCCAUCGCACGUAGCUCGUUUAGACUCCCCCGUCGUUUUACGGUGUCGUUACGCGGUGUGUUUACUACAAUUGUUUUCAGUGUCGUUUUAAUUGUGCGCUUUGUCGAAGAGACCGGUUAGAUCGCACGAAAAAGUCGCUUACGUUUUUUCAGGCUGAUUUUAACUAACGGCUCGAUCAGCUGGGCAGAUCUGUCAAAUCUGCGCUUCACGUCGCGCGGCAGCUCCCGCAAUGGCUAAUCACGACGAGGACAAAAGCGAGAGUUCCGCCGAAAUAAGGGCCGAAAAUGAGGGGGAGGAGUCCGAGGAGUCCGACAAGAUAUGCAUUAUAGAUCCCGAGACCGAAGAAUUGGACUUCAAUCACGCGAGAUUGACCAAACUGGAAAAUCUAGAGCCGUUAACGCAAGUACGAAGAUUAUGCUUCACGUGGAACCUAAUUAAAAAGAUAGAAAAUCUCGAUACGCUCACUAGUUUGGUGGAAUUGGAAUUAAGGGAUAAUCAAAUCACGACCAUAGAAAAUCUAGGCGCUCUCGUGAAUCUGGAAUUCCUGGAUUUGUCAUUCAAUCGCAUUAAGAAGAUCGAAGGGUUGGACAACUUGACGAAUCUAGAGAAGUUAUUUAUAUCGUCAAAUAAGAUUUCGCAAAUCGAGAAUAUCUCACAUCUGGCGAAUCUUACGAUACUGGAGUUGGGCGAUAACAAGAUACGCGAAAUUGUGAAUCUGGAAGGCCUCGAGAAGCUGACCAAUUUGUAUCUUGGUAAAAACAAAAUUACCAAAAUUCAAAAUCUGGAGAGUCUGAAGGACCUCACGCUGUUGAGUCUACAAAGCAAUCGAAUUACGAAGAUCGAGAAUAUUGAAGAGUUAAAGAAGUUGGAUCAGUUAUACUUGUCUGAGAACGGCAUCACGUGCAUAGAAGGCAUAGAAAAUUGUCCAGGAUUGACAACGUUGGAUCUAGCUAAUAACAAAAUUAAGAAGAUUCAAAAUAUGGAUCAUCUUGAAAGUCUCGAAGAAUUCUGGAUGAACAAUAACGAGAUUGAAGAUUGGAACACGUUAGAGAGUUUAACAGCCAACAAGAAGCUGCAGACCGUAUAUCUGGAGUACAAUCCCGUUGCGAAGGAUCCGAAUUACCGAAGGAAAAUCAUGCUGCUGUUGCCGUGGCUCGAACAGCUGGACGCGACUCUUUGCAAGAGAAAAUCCGGUCAGCAGUGGAGAGACUAACAAUAAGUAAAACGUAAAUAGGAAGUACAACUAAAGAAAUAGCGAAAAUUAUUUAUGAAAGUUUCCAUACGUGGUGAAAUCCAGACAUUGCAUUGCUGUUACUUUCUUUCGUUGUACCCUGACACGAUCAUUGUGUAGAAGCUUGGCUACGUAAGAUUAACAAUAGUACUCAUACCGAAGACACGCUUGAUAUUAGGCCAUUUAUGGAACUAUUCGAUGUUGGGGUUUGUUUGGUAUAAUUUGCUUGAAAACCUUUUUUUUUUUGUACUGGAAAGAAAAUAUGAUAAGUCAAAAUAUGAAAGUUCUCGUGUCUUUAGGAUAAACUGAAACACGUACACAAUUCUCUACAUAUUUCCAAAAAAUCUUAAUAUAUUCUUCCUCUCUCUAAUCAUACAUAUUAUCGUACUGUUGUAUUGUGCACAUUUCUAUCUCUAUUUGCACGCAUCUUUCUCUGUCGAUUAUGUUAAGAAGUUAAUAUAGAUGUAGAUUUUAAAUAAUAUUCCAAUUAUUUCUAAGCUAUAUUUCCGUCUGUGAAAGAAACUUAUAUUUAACUUCGUUAUUUUUGAUGAUCAACAUAUUGUUACAAAAACAAGAUGUACAUGUCUGUAUUUUAUAGCAGCGCGCGGCAGCUUUUUGUAAUCGCCACUUUGUUAACCCGAUAUCUCGCGAUGUAACGCGAUUAUUGUUACAUGUAAUCAUAUACAAGAUAUUCUAAGCUUAUAUAAAUAAAUCAAUUAUUAAAUGUCUCGAA